AUGUCUGCCUGGGAGAAGACGAAACGGUUCUCGAAGAAGGGCUUCGAUAAGGCCUGGGACACCGUCGACAAAUUAGGUGCCCCUGUCAAUCGACUUUCCAACCGACUUGGUGCUGAGGCCUUUUGGCCCAUGGCCAUCGACAAGGAAAGCGACAAGGCGGCGCGGAUCUUGCGCAGCUUCUGCAAAGAUGGCUUCUAUGCGCCCGAGUCCACGGAAACGACCGACGAGAAUGGCAAGAUCAAUCGACCGACCGGGAAGCAGCGAGUGAUCAAGAAGAUUCCCUCGACCGUGAUCAAGAAUGCCAAAGGAUUGGCCAUCUUUACCACGAUGAGGACGGGCCUUUGGAUCAGUGGCUCGGGAGGCAGUGGUGUCCUCCUCGGCCGGAUACCAGAGACGGGAGAAUGGAGUCCGCCCUCGGGCAUCAUGCUACACACCGCCGGGGUGGGAUUUCUGGCCGGCGUCGAUAUCUACGACUGUGUGGUCGUCAUCAACACCUAUGAGGCACUGGAGGCGUUCAAGACGCUGCGCUGCACGCUUGGGGGCGAGAUCAGCGCGGCGGCGGGGCCUGUCGGAAUGGGUGGAGUGCUGGAAUCAGAAGUUCACAAACGACGCGCGCCCAUCUGGACAUACAUGAAAAGUAAAGGACUCUACGCCGGAGUGGCCGUGGACGGAACGAUCAUCAUCGAGCGAACAGAUGAAAACGAGAAGUUCUACGGGGAACGGAUCUCGGUGACCGACAUUUUGGCUGGCAAAGCCCGCCACCCACCACCAUCUAUCAAGACCCUCUUGCAAACGAUCAAAGCGGCCCAAGGAGACACGGAUGUGGACGAGAGUCUGGUGCCUCCUCCGGGUCAGACCCCCGGUGAUCUGGAGGUGGCCUCUCACGACGAGCAGCUGUUUGGUGUCCCCGACAGAGACGACCCGGAUCCGUACGGCGUGAAGGCACUGGAGGCCGAGGGGAUGUUCAUCCGCGAGGCCGGCUCAAAGGUGAGGCCAAGUCAUGAAGUUUUUGAAUUUCGGCCCAAUCCAAGUAGCCCCUUGUACGCCACUUUUUCGCGGCGCAGCCACGACAGCUCGCCGCGCAACAGUUGGCGAACAAGCAUGCAGAGCUACGUGAGCGUGGACCGUGGCACUCAAACAGAGGACGUGUCGCUAACUGUGCGCACGUCUGUAGACCGAGCGUCAGCGUCCGCACUAAGCCAGAGAACAUCCAUGCAUGAGCCCCGUGCAGAUCCGUGGGAUGAUCAAGAGGCAGCCAAGGGCGGGUGGGACACGAUACCGCUGCAUGGAGGCGCGAGCGAAGAAAAGUUGAAGGAGGAAGAUGGCAAGGACAUGGACGGUUCAAAAGGCGUGGAACGGGUGGAUGAGGAGAGAGGCAGAAACGAUUCGUUUGUCGACUUGGACGACUACGAAGUUCAUGAAGUCUCCAAUGCCACGGUGACCCGGCCAGAGACUCCUCGCGAAGACCGCGCGGAGGCCGUCGAGUCGCGUCGCUUGUCACCGACCUUCACUCGAGCCAAGCUGGUCACCAUCAAUAAGCGGCACACUCCUCCUGCUCUUCCUCCUCGUCACCCUCGACACACUUGGGGCUCCGGCUCCAGUCAUGAGUCCACCUCCCCGACUGCGCUUUCCCACACCAGCCGUAGCACCGAGCAAACAGAGACCAUUGCCGAGGAUCGUGAAGACAAUGAGAAGUCUGACGAGUCGGCUUCACUGCCCUCCAACGCGGUGAAAACCCUUCAGACUAGUACGGCGGUGCCUGUGGUCGUGAAUGAAGAUGACCUUGUGGACUCCGAUGCCGAAUUCCAUGCCGAUAAAGAGGAGUUUCUCUCUGCUCAUGGUGACGAGGAGACUGAGAUGGAGUCGCAUGCUCUUGCUGAGCAAGCGCCUGCAUCGACGGAGGCGACUGGAGAUGGGGAUCUUGCAGGAGCUGAACAAGUCCUGAGCCAGCUCGAGAAGCGAUUCCCAUCUCCCAAAGUCGAAGCCCAGAUUGAGAAAUUGGGUAUCAGCAAUACGUCUUUGGAGAACGAGCGACAAACGCAUUCUUGA